UAGUUGAAUCAAUAGAUGCUGAAAAAAAGUUUGGGGUUCACAUCAGCAACGAACCGUGAUCAUAGGCACCGUGGAUGUCUCGAAUUUUAAAAUACCGCUAACAUAAAAUUCAGUUACGUUAACAUCUUCGUGCCGAACAGUUCACCCAUUGCCAUCCCAUAAAACUAUAAGAUUUGUUCAUAAUGAGUUGUUAAAUUAAUUACGUGUAGUUAUAAAAUUAUAUAAAAACGGUUGGCAUUUAUUAGUAUCUGAAUGAAUAGCAAUCAUAUUUUAGUGCCUUUUUAAAACACUUUAAAUCAUAAUAAUUAUUAUAAAUUUAUUAAAAAAUUAAGUGACGUCGACGGAAUGAAGUUUUUCUCAAUUUUGGGAGCCAGAGGCUCAUUUACAUUGAAUGAAAUCACGGCAAAUGAAAAACAAAAAGUGAAACCUCCAUCUCACACAGAAGCUACGGGAUUUGGGAUAAGGCAUUUGCAAUGCUUUCUACUCUUUGGCGCUUUGUCUGUCGGCUACGCCUUACGUGUGAAUCUCUCAGUAGCAAUUGUUGCUAUGACGGAUAAAAAUGCCACCAAUCCUGAUUUUAUGGAAUACGAUUGGUCAGAAAAAACGAAAUCACUUCUACUGAGUAGCUUCUUUUGGGGCUAUAUUUGUACACAGAUACCAGCGGGUCAAUUAGCACGGAAAUUUGGCGCAAAAGUAAUGCUACUGUGGGGUUUGUUGCUUGCGUCAGUAUUAACGGUUCUAACACCUUUGAUCACUCAUAUUGGUAAUUGGCAGCUUUUAUUUUUUAUGCGUGUUCUGCAAGGACUAAGUCAAGGAGUAGUGUAUCCUUCAGUUCAUACAAUUCUCUCAAAAUGGUCACCACCCGAGGAGCGUGGACAAUUAAGCACAUAUUGUUAUUCAGGCACACAAUUCGGUACAGUAGUGAUGUUGGCUAUUAGUGGUUAUCUAGCUUCAUCAUUUUUGGGUUGGCCAAGUAUAUUUUAUGUAUCUGGUGGUAUUGGCAUAUUAUGGGUUGUUGCAUGGAAAGUAUGGGGUGCAAAUUCACCAAGCGAGUACGAGUCUAUAUCUGUAGAGGAAAAAAAAUUCAUUCAAACAUCAUUAGAUGCGGAUAGCAAUUCUAAAGAAAACGCUAAGCCUACAAAGAUACCAUGGGCUAAAUUUUUCACAUCAGUGCCGUUUUUAGUGUUGAUAUUAGUGCACAGUACGCAAAAUUGGGGUUUCUGGACUUUGUUGACUCAAAUACCUUCGUAUAUGAAAAAUAUACUCGGUAUGGACAUCAAGAGUAAUGCGCUGUUAUCUGCUUUACCUUACACAGUCAUGUUGCUGCUAAGCUUUGUGUUCUCUAGCAUUUCUGCACUGUUAAAUAAAAAGAAAUACUUGAAGAGAUCUGUGAGUCGUAAAUUGUUUAACACAAUUGGUCACUGGAUACCAAUGAUAUCCUUAGUAGCAUUUGGAUACGUAGGACCUGACAAACUUGGAUUAGCAAUUUUUCUAUUAACAAUCACUGUGGGCAUUAAUUCGGCUACAUAUCUGGGCUAUCAGGUUAAUCACAUCGAUUUAUCGCCUAACUAUGCUGGUGUAUUAAUGGGCAUCACCAAUUGUAUAUCCAAUAUUGUUAGUUUAAAGGCACCACUAGUCGUUGGUUUUAUUGUUACAAAUGAGAAAAGUGCUGAACAGUGGCGUAUUAUAUUUUUUAUUGCUGCAUUUUUUUACUUAAUUGGAAAUUUAUUGUUCAUAAUUUUCGGCAGAACAAGCGUGCAACCAUGGAAUAAUCCCACAGAGACCCCAAAGCAAAAUAAUUCAACCCCUGCUGAAUAAAAGUUUUGACAAUAAAAAAUAAUACUCCGAAUUUCAAUAUCGCCGUAAGCUAGUCUAAGAAGUAAAAACUAUUAAUUUUUUAACAAAUAAUUAUUGUGAUUUAGCUGUAAUUUAGA